GUCUAGUGAGCUUAUUUUCAAUAAUUAUUCGCAAAAUUCCACUAAAUUUUGCAUUUACUGCACAUCAAACCAUGCAAUAAGCCUUACCCCGUCCGAGUGAAGCAAAAGUGCAAACCAACAGCCAUGUCGCUCUUCCGGAAACCGAAAAAACCAAUCCAGCGACGCGUUUUCAGCAGCUACGAUGACGAAGAGGAUUCUGCUGCCCCCGCUUCUUUUGCCAGCGGCAGCUCCGGGCCCUCUGCUCAGCAAGGCAAUGGUACCCGGAUGGAAGUGGAUCCAUUUUCGGCGCCUCCACCGCCAACGAUCUCGUCCAAGUUGUCGUCCACUUCCAGCUCGUCGCGGAAGGAUAAAAAACACUCGAAGAGCGGCUCUUCGGGUGCAAGCAACCAGUCACAGCAGCACCAGCCGGUCGGAACGAAGCUUGGCACCACCGCCAAAAUGUCUUUGCUAAGUUUCGAAGAUGAAGAGGAAGGCGAAGUGUUCCAAGUGAAAAAGACCUCCCAGAGCAAGAAAAUUAUGAAAAACCUAGACAAGGAACGUCGCCGGAAACGUCACGCGGAAAAGAACGGUUCCAAAGAAAGCUACAGUGGCGGCGGCAGCAGCAGCAGCUAUCCGUCAGCAUCGGCGUCAUCUAGCAAAAAUGGCAAAGACUGUACUGCGGCCGCAGAAGACUCUUCUCAUAAAGAUAAAUUAAAAAAGGAAAAGUGUGAAAAUCCUAGUUCUAAUAUCCAAACAGAAAUACGCACAGACGACUUUGUGCUCGUGGUUAAGAAAUCCGAUCCGGACAAUAUGAUACUGAAUGGGCGGGCGGCACUGUGCGCCGGCAAGGACGAUAUGUCCUCCGAGGGGGAAGAGGAUCAGCCCGGCGAUGAGGACUCGGCCGGCGAGGGGCACCAUCAUCGGUUCGCGAAACCGGACAACUUUAAGAUGUACUUGGAGAACGGUGUCAUUCCGGAUGCGGCCAUGAUACAUGCCGCUCGAAAGCGCCGCCAGAAGGCCCGCGAGCAAGGUGAUUUUAUACCGGUGGAAGAACCGAAGGAAGAUAAAAGCAAGAAACGCGUGGUGCGAGAGGACGGUGCUGGGGAUGGGUCGGAUGAAGAUGACGAUCGAAUCGAUAUGGCGGCGAUUACGGGAGCCAAGGAACGCGAAGAACGCCGGGAGCAGUUUUAUUCUGUUCAGCGAGAAGAUUCUGCCGAGGAAUCGGACGUAGAGUCAAAAGAAUGGGAGAACCAACAAAUUCGGAAAGGUGUCACGGGAGCGCAGCUGGUCUCGGCCCAUCAGGAAUCGGUUAUAUCGCAGUACCUGAUCCAAGGUUUCAGUCACUCAUAUCAAACGACGGAAGAGGCCCCGCUUUCCACGGCAGCACUGCUGGAACAAGCGUACGCACGAAAUUCCGGUCUGUCCAAAGCGAACACAAAAGCUGCCUCGGCUGGGUUGAUUUCUCGGGUCGCUACCAGCGGCAAGCAGGAUCAAAAGUCCGGUCCCCGAAUGCCACAGGAAAUUUUAAAACAAGUCACGGAACGGCAUCAAACUACCAGAGAACUAAAUUACAAGCAUAUCGCCGAUAUCGAACGAAUUACACAAGAGGUUAAAGUGCUCAAGCUGGACCAUCUGCAGAGCGAACAGAAAGCCCCGGCUGCCGCGGCAAAGUACCGAUUCUACCAGGAACUCAAGUGCUACGUUAACGAUCUGGUCGAAUGUUUGGACGAGAAAAUGCCUCAGCUUGCGGCUCUGGAGGAGCGAACAUUGAACAGUAUGAAAAAGUAUUCCAGCAUGCUGAUCGAACGACGACGCCAGGAUAUGCGCGACCAGGCGAAAGAGAUGGCCGAUGUAGGCAAAACCUUCAAACGCCAGCACGACGAUCCGGACCGAGUGCGGCGGGCAGCGGAACGAGAAGGUCGCCGAACACGCCGGCGAAGAGAUCGCGAGAAGAACGAAACGGCCGAUUCCCAUCUGGACGGUAUGUCCAGCGACGAUGAGGUAGCGGACAUCGAGAUACAGCAAUAUCAGACGAGCCUGAAGGAGAUCGCACUGGACGCGUUCCACGUGUUCGACGACGCCGACGAAGAGUACAGCGAUAUUGGUUGCAUUUUGGCGAAGUUUCAAAACUGGCGCGAGCACGAAAUGGACGCUUACAAAGAUGCGUACGUUAGUCUUUGCUUGCCGAAAAUCGUUGGGCCGUUAAUUCGGUUGCGGCAUGUCCUGUGGAACCCAGUCAGCGGUCAGGAUGAGUUCGAAUUCGAACGCGAAGAGUGGUACCGUAGUUGCGCCCUCUACGGACGACGACCAGACGAAACGGAAAUCAGCUUAGCGGAAGAUCCGGAUGUACGCUUAAUUCCAACACUUAUCGAAAAAAUUGUACUUCCCAAGCUAACGGCGUUGAUAGAGCAAGUGUGGGACCCUCUGUCGACCACACAAACGCUAAAGCUCGUGCGGUUAAUCAACCGUCUCAGUCGAGAUUAUCCAUCCCUAAGGAGGACCUGCAAACAGCUGAGGACUCUCUUCCAAGCAAUACUGGAUAAACUGAAACUAGCGGUUGAUAACGACGUUUUCAUUCCGGUCUUUCCCAAACAAAUGCAGGAGGCCAAAUCCUCCUUCUUCCAGCGACAGUUCUGCAGUGGGUUGAAACUGCUCCGGAACAUCACCUGCUGGCAGGGCGUCAUCGCGGACGGUCCGCUGACCGAGCUGGCAAUCGGUUCCCUGCUGAACCGAUACCUGCUGAACGGAAUGCGCGUCUGCACGCCAACGGAUGCCCUCAACAAGGCGUCGAUGAUCGUGUACACCUUGCCGCGGGUUUGGCUCACUGCCGGAUCGACCAUCGUCCAAAGUAUGAGCCAGUUUGUGGCCGUACUGCGUCACGUCGAAGCCCAGCUGGACUCGUCCAUUGCCGGCCACGGAGAAUUACUCAAAAAAGUCCAGGAUAUAUUGUCUAGUUUGCACGUCACUUAAAAAGGCGAAGGAAGGUCACCGCUACUGCUCCGAUCGGUAGAUUAGAUUAGCUUAGAUUUUUAAUUAAUUAAUCAACAAUCUCAGAUGAUAGAAUUCUUCACCUUGAUAAAAGUAAAAUGCCAGAACGUUAAAUCUUAAAUAUUAGAGUUGCAAUAGUCGCAGGUGGAGGUGUAAACAUUACAUUCGGUAAAGGUUCGGAAAUUAGUCUCUUGGCAGGACCCUCGACAGUUUGUGGCUUCCUUGAGGACAAUUAGAGCUGUUACAGGUAAGUUUUUUUUGCUUCCAAUUUAUGAACAAUCUUCAACGAGCGAACUUCUGCUUGGGAAGUUCUUGCUUUUGGCUUUUAUCUGCCUUGCCGAAUGUAGAUCCUUACCAAUACUAGAUACUUCACACACAUCACACGGAACAGAAAAUGGAUGCAAUUUUGUAAAACUUGAUAUUUCUUUUCAAAGUAGUCAAAGUAAAGUCAAAUGAAACUCUAUGACUGGUUGUUAUGCGGUUAUGAGCGGACUGUUAAAAUCGAACUAUCAGACUACAGAAUCGAACUGGUUAAGAUUUUCCAAAUCGUGAAAGUAAUUUAACUUAAAGUUAGAUUA